CGCCUUCGCGGCCCUACCCAGCCGGGCGUCCCGCAGCGCCGGGAGCUCAGCACUGCGGCCGGCUCACCCCCUGCGAUCCCCGCAAAGGCAGGAGGCCGCUGGAAGGGCCGCGCUCAGCACGGGGGGGGGACACGUUACACGCACCGCCUGGCCUCAUUAGCGCCCUCUGCUCGUGCAGGGGUGGAGCGCGCGCGCUGGAGUUAGAGGGGAUGGGGCCAAGCGGACACAGAACAUUAGCACUGGAAUGGCAAUAGCUGGAGUCAUUUUCUUUGCAAAGAGUAUUAAAUUGACAACAAAAUUUACGAGUGCUUUGGAUAUACCAGUAGAAUUUAUAGAAAAGAAUGUGAAACUACGAGGAAAGUUAUGUCACAUAACUGAGAAAGGAUUAGAAGUUGAACAUGUUCCCAUUAGCCUUCCUUUCCUGUCAUCAUUACAGAGAAAAUGGCAAUCAAAUGGUGUUUUGCUGGUCAGACUUGCUGGAGUGGAGCUGACACCGAAUGCUAUGGUCUGGUUACAGGAAGAGUUAAAACCUGCACAAAUGAUGUGGUUCCAGCUUCUUGGAAGGGAGGAUUUGGUGCUUGAUUGCCUCAUUUUAGUAAAUAAGGGUAGAUUUUUCAGUGUGUGUCUGAAUGAAGAGAUUUUGAGACAAGGGCUUGGCAAAACAACACGUAUUGAAGGACUACAUCAUGACUCUCCAUUAUACUGGAAGCUUCACAAAAGACUACUUCAAGCAGAACUAAAAGCCUUGAAGAAAAAUAAGGGAAUAUGGAAAGAAGAAAGUUACUUUGAAAAACUUAGAGAUCAUAUAAGUAAUAAUAAAUUUGUACAGAAGUUAAAACAAUUUGUAAACUGGCUACGAAUAUAUAUUUAAAAGUGAAAUGGGAAGGACUUAGCUGGAAAAAUGCUAUUUGGACAUGGAUGAGUGUCUCUUUGGUGUGUGCUUUUUAUUAGCGAUGAGCUUAUGAAGGAAAGCCUAAGCCUUGAUUUUUGAGGCUCCUGCCUCAAGGAAAAAUAUAGAAAAUAGUCCUAGUAAUGUUAUUUAAAGAGAUGUUUAAAUAUAGUAUAAUUCUUGUAUAAGAAUAAACUUCAGCAUGAUGAUGCCUGCUAAAGUGUGUUAAGGCCAAUAUUAUUGAAAUGUAGGAGCCUAAAGUUAUGCUUCUAAAUCCUUAAUUUAGGCUCUUAAAUAAGUGGCCAGAUUUUCAAGAAUACCUAACACCCAGAUGACCCCAUUUACCUCAGUGGAAAUUAUUGAAGAUCCUAUUUUUGAAGAUCUAAAAUAUUAAUAUACAGUAUGACACUUUACUUACAUUGCAGUGGAAUAUAAUAUGCAGGAGGACUGCUUGAAAACUGAAUAUUAAUUAUUAGAUAUCACUUAAAGAAAAUAACUUUCCAAUAUUUCCGCUUUCCUGGACCUUUGUUGUACAUAAGUAUUUUUGUUUGAGUCCAAUAUAAGGGAACACAUAUGUACUGUUUACUAUUUCUGUGUUUUAAAAGUUUAACAUGUUGAAUAGCUAGUUCUACUAUGUAAUUAAUAGAAAAGAUGACUUAACACAGCUGAUCUUAAAAAGAAGUGUAUACAGAAGUUCCUAACCACGAGAAUUUAAAUUUAGAAACACAGUAGGUGAGCAUAAAUUAGUACAUCAAUAAACUACUUAUUUGCUUGUAGUAUAAAUAUAUUAGUUUAUACAUUUUGUAAAGAGUUGCAGAAUUUAAAGUUUAUAAUCUGGUGGAAGUGACCUUUUGAAUAUUCAUUGUUUGUUUCUAUAGCUAGGUUAAAUCAAGUGAAUUAUACAGGUUUUGUAGUCAAGAGCACGAAACUCUGUGCAACCUUAACAAUUAAACAUGGCACAUUAAAUUU